AUGCAGCUGUCUGGCGGUCGCAGCGGCGGCCGACAUGACUACACAAGCCCCUCGAAUCGUCAAUCUGUGUUUCCCAACAUAGCUUCGUCAACCAUGCCACGCCAGGAGCGGCGCGCCCGCCACAUCAAAUCAAUCCGACUUGGACCGACAAGAGCCCAAGAGGCUGCAUAUUCCAGAAUGUCCGCCCUCGCCGGGAAUCUUCUCUUCCUCAAACUCAUCGCCACAAGCACAAUCGCCAAUUUGCAACCCCUACUCGACAUGAAACGCUCUUUCCAGGCGGAUGAAGAAGAUAUCCAGAACCAGGCUAUCAGAAUUGGGCUGAAGUACGAGCUUGCCACAACCGAGCUCCACGCCGUCGUGAAGCUGGCUGAGAGCAUGAUGAACGAACCACCGGCCUACACCACCAGUCCGCAAGCGGAGCAGUACAUCAUGUAUUGCAAAGCAUUGGAGCUCCACCAUCUCUGCUUGACAACCUACGGGUAA